UUUUACUCGGGAGGAAAUGAAUUUUGGCGCCACAACCGAGUUUACAGUCUAGGGCUAGAAACGUAACGAAGAGAGUCCAAAGCAGAAGAAUCGAGAGAUGGCGGAGGAAAUAAUAUCUCCCAUGGAAAUCGAUGGAGGAGCUUCUGAUGAAGCUAUGAAAGCAGCUAGUAAAGGCAAGAAUGUAGUAGUAAUGGCUCCAUUCACCAAAUCAACCCCAUGGGUUGAAAAGUACCGUCCUCAAUCCCUAGCUGAUGUUGCUGCUCAUCGCGACAUCGUUGAUACUAUUGAUAGACUUACGAGUGAGAAUAAGCUACCACAUCUGUUGUUAUAUGGACCACCUGGGACGGGUAAAACUUCAACGAUACUUGCGGUUGCUCGAAAAAUAUAUGGACCUCAGUACCAUAAUAUGAUUUUGGAAUUGAAUGCUUCUGAUGAUAGAGGUAUUGAUGUUGUUCGGCAACAAAUUCAAGAUUUUGCCAGUACUCAGAGCUUCUCAUUUGGUGUAAAGGCAUCUGUCAAGUUGGUAUUACUGGACGAGGCAGACGCCAUGACAAAGGAUGCACAAUUUGCUCUACGUAGAGUGAUCGAGAAAUACACAAAAAACACUAGGUUUGCUCUCAUUUGUAAUCAUGUUAACAAAAUCAUUCCCGCCUUGCAAUCAAGAUGUACACGGUUUCGUUUUGCUCCUCUUGAUGCUACUCAUGUCACUGAACGCCUUAAACAUGUUAUAGAGUCCGAAAGGCUUGAUGUUGAUGAGAAUGGCUUAAAAGCACUUGUACGCCUUAGCAACGGUGACAUGAGAAAAGCUUUGAACAUUUUGCAGUCGACCCACAUGGCCUCUCCACAUAUAACUGAAGAAGCUGUUUAUCUUUGCACUGGGAAUCCAAUGCCUAAAGACAUUGAGCAGAUAUCUUUUUGGCUUCUAAAUGAAGUGUAUGUUACAUGUUAUAAACAUAUCACUGACAUGAAGAUGAGGAAAGGACUUGCCUUGGUGGAUAUUGUGAGAGAGGUUACAAUGUUCAUAUUUAAGAUCAAGAUGCCAUCGGAUGUACGUGUUCACUUGAUUAAUGAUAUGGCUGACAUUGAGUACAGACUGACUUUUGGGUGCAGUGACAAGUUGCAGCUUGGAGCGCUCAUUGCUUCUUUCACCAAGGCUCGAUCUGCUCUGGUUGCAUGUGUAAAGUAGUUGAAAUCAUCUGCUCGUGCUAGUUUUCCAGGUUGCGCACAUAUCUCCUAUUUCAGCAUCUGAACUGCUGUUAUAGGAUGCUUUCGGGUAGUAGCAGGAAGAAGUUGAUUAGAUAUUCAGUAGGCUUGCAAACAAUCUUAGAUUAAUGUGUUUGGGUUGCCAACAAGGUUGUUUACAAUUUACUUUGUCAUUGUAUGUGUGACUGGGUUGUAAAUUUUAGUAGAGAUGAUAUCUCCUCCUGGCUAUGUGGCUCUGAUUUGGCUGGAUAGUGAAUCGGAAUUCUAAAACCAUAUAGGGUCCAUUUAUGUUCCAAAUUCUGACCGUAGUUUAAUAGAAUAGUCGUGUUUUAGUAGUU